GAAGUUGGCGUGGAUAACGGCGCUUUCCAGGUACUCUACUCUGGUGGAGGAGGUUGACGCGACGCCGUUCGGCAGCCAUGGCAUCUUCGCGGCGCCUGGCGCUGCACCUGUCCGCGAAGGGCUGCCUCCUCCUCCUCUCCCUCCUUUGUGUCCAGCACGGGGGAAGCCAAAAGAAAAAGGAGAAUCUUUUGGCUGAGAAAGUGGAACAACUUAUGGAGUGGAGUUCCAGGCGCUCAGUCAUCCGCAUGAAUGGAGAUAAAUUUAGAAGAUUUGUAAAGGCCCCACCUCGAAACUAUUCAGUGAUUGUGAUGUUUACAGCUCUCCAGCCACAGCGGCAAUGCUCUGUUUGCAGGCAGGCUAAUGAGGAAUAUCAAGUGCUGGCUAACUCGUGGCGCUACUCUUCCGCAUUUUCAAACAAACUUUUCUUCACUAUAGUUGAUUAUGAUGAAGGUGCUGAUGUUUUUCAGCAGCUCAAUAUGAACUCUGCUCCGACGUUCAUGCAUUUCCCUCCGAAAGGUAAGCCCAAGAGAGCUGACACGUUUGACCUGCAGAGAAUUGGAUUCGCGGCAGAACAGUUAGCUAAGUGGAUAGCUGACAGAACGGAUGUUCAUAUUAGAGUGUUCAGGCCACCAAACUAUUCUGGUACUAUUGCACUGGCCCUCCUGGUGUCACUGGUCGGUGGCUUGCUGUACUUACGGCGAAAUAACUUGGAAUUCAUCUACAAUAAGACUGGCUGGGCAAUGGCAGCACUGUGUGUCGUUUUUGCCAUGACUUCAGGCCAAAUGUGGAAUCACAUUCGUGGGCCCCCAUAUGCUCAUAAAAAUCCUCAGAACGGGCAAGUGAGUUAUAUUCAUGGAAGCAGCCAGGCUCAAUUUGUUGCAGAGUCUCAUAUUAUACUGCUCCUGAAUGCUGCUAUCACUAUGGGAAUGGUUCUUUUGAAUGAAGCUGCUACCUCCAAAGGAGAUGUUGGAAAAAGGAGAAUAAUAUGCCUGGUGGGAUUGGGCCUCGUCGUUUUCUUCUUCAGCUUCCUACUGUCGAUAUUCCGCUCCAAAUAUCAUGGUUAUCCAUACAGCUUCUUAAUUAAGUGAAUUCGAGUGAGAUUAGCACCAGGCUAAUGUUUACUAUGAAGAUAAGCAGUUCCUGAUACUAUCUGCUUACCAACAUUACAUUUCUUCAAGAGUCUCUGCAUUUGGUUCAUCUGCUUCCUGUGAUAAAUUACAGCAUUUGUGUGGAAGACAAUUUUGUGUUUGUAUCUUAUUAGCAAGUGUUGCAUCUAAUUUAUAAUGCGUAGCAGAUAUCGGAUAUCUGAAUGAAAAUGUGAUAAACAGGGCUGGGAGUGGGAUAUGAUUUAUGAUCCUGAAUUCAAAUAAAGUUAACUUUCGUGGAAAA